CAAGUUACACCACAAUUGCCUAAGCAAAUAACUCAAUAAAUUUACAGGGUAAUGGAUUCUAAAACCAAAAAUUUCACUCACAAAAUGUUCACCUUCAAUAUUCUUCACUUAGUAGUACUAUUUUUCGUUGUACUUUGUAACUCUUCUCUAAGAUGCAACGCGGUCGGGAGUGACAUCGAUUGUUUGAGAUCGAUAAAAGAAUCGUUGGCAGACCCUUUAGGUAUCUUGGCUUUUACGUGGAAAUUCGAUAAUCUGACAGAAGGUUUCAUAUGCAAAUUUGCAGGAAUACGAUGCUGGAAUCCUGAUGAGAGCAGAGUUUCAAGAAUUAGUCUUCCAGACAUGGGAUUAAUUGGUGAGUUUCCGCGAGGCAUUCAAAAUUGCUCUUCUUUAACUUCUCUUGAUCUUUCAAACAACAAGCUAUAUGGAACCAUCCCUUCGGAUAUAUCAAAUUUAAUCGGAUUUGUUGUAACUCUUGAUCUCUCGAGCAACGAAUUCUCAGGCGAGAUCCCAGUUAACCUUGCGAAUUGUCCUUUUCUAAAUAACCUCAAAUUAGACCAGAAUAAACUAGAAGGUUCAAUCCCAUCAGAAAUUAGCUUCUUACGUCGACUCAAGAUAUUUAAUCUCUCCAACAACAUGUUGACAGGGCCAGUGCCAAAUUUUAUCGAUGUCUCUUUUCCACCUGAAAGUUAUGCAAAUAAUCCAGGACUUUGCGGUGAACCUCUAGACCCAUGUGGUGCAGUUGGGAACCAUCGUGUUCUGUUUGUUUGUGGCUUUGUGACGGGUUGGUCGCUUUCAGCAUUAGUUGGUAUCUAUCUUUUUUUCUUAGACUUACCUGGUGUAAAAAAUAUUCUUCUAUUGAUCAAGAAGAGAACAAAGGUAAUGGUGAUUGAUGGAAAUGAAUGGCCUCUAGAAGAAGUAAACAACCACCCAAAGAUUUUACACCUGGAGACGAUCGUUACAAGAAUGAGUUUUAUGGAACUAUCAAAAGCGACUUCAAAUUUCAGCCAAGAAAAUGAAAUCGGGAAUGGUAUGCUGGGAAAAAUGUACAAAGCACUUGUCCCAAAUGGAUGGACAGUUGCUAUAAAGAGGCUCCAUGUUUCGGAGGAUUUGGAGGAAGAGUUUGUUUCCGAGAUCACGACUCUGGGUAGUCUGAGGCAUCCGAAUUUGGUGCCUCUAAUCGGAUUUUGUUCUGAGUGGAACGAGCGGCUUUUGGUAUACACAUACAUGCCUAAUGGAAACUUACAUGAGUGGUUGCACUCAACCGACGACAAGGCAAGACUCUUGGACUUUCCUCUAAGGGUUAAAAUUAUUGUUGGCGUCGCGAAAGCCUUGGCUUG